CAAUUUAUGUUACUAAUUCUCUAUGUCACAUGAUUUCAGCCCUUCUGGAAAGUCACUGGUGAUGGUCAUUCCAAGGGACAUGGUGUUGUCGGUGUUCUUGAGGCAAAUUUCAUAGAACCAGCACAUGACAAGCAGGAUUUUGAGAGAUCAUCUUUAUUCUUGAGGCUGGAAACGAAGCUGAAACAAAUGACAAUGGAAUACUGGAGAGGCCAUUGUCACUUGAUAGGUCACCAGCCUGUGGCUAGCACAGUGCGUAGUAUGCAAAAAGAGGGUGCUGUACCUUCUGCUCAACUUGUGCCUAAUAUACAGAGACAGCUUCCCACUGGCCAACCAAUUAUUGGUCUCACUGCUAAUGUAAGUCAGGAUUUUAGUGGAGCACAACCUGGAAACCACAUCAGAACUGGUCAUCGUGAUGAAUUGUCUGCGGUUCACCCAAUCAUUGGGCUUUCAUCUCGGUCUGUCAAAGAAGUAGCAUGCGCAAGUAGUUCAAGGUCUACAUCAAUUGAUCAAAUUUGUGACGAGAAUAUCCAACUAUUUAUGAGGUGUGAAGAACAUAUGCAGAAAGAGAACGAUCUGAAACAGACGGUCGAGAAAUUAGAGAAGGAGCUGGAGGAAACCAAAAGAAAGUGUGCUCAACUUUCUUCACACCUGGAAAAUCGGAGAAAGCAAAAACUUAUGAUGCAACAAACAUAAAAGGAGGGUUGGUUCUCAAAUGUUUUAUUCUGAUUUCUUUGGUUGUGUUUUUCUUUUUCUUUUGGAAGAAUUUGUACAUAGGUAGUGCUUUUUCCCCUUUAUUGUUAUGUAGCAAAUGCUAAUCACUUGGUUUGACAUUCUGUCCAGAAGUAAAGGUAGGGAACGGGAAAAAAAAACCAGAAAUGUUAUGUUUACCAAAAUUUUCAUUUAUAAGAG